CGAUAAAAUGAACAAGGUGAUUUGUGUGUGUGUGUGUGUGUUUUGGAAGAAAUAAGUUUUUACAUUGACAGAAAAAAACCUUUUUUCUUCAUUCUACAUACAUCAUUGGCCGUGUUCAAUGUUUUAGCAUUCUUUUUUUUUCAAUGAUCUUUUAACACAUUAGGUAGAUCAAUGUAUUGAUUAUGUUUUUUUCAAUAUUGUUCUGAUCAUGGAUCAUUAUCAUCAUCAUCAUCAUCAUCAUCAUCAACAUCACCGUUGAAGAUCAUUGAACGCCAUUAGUUACCAUUAUUUUUUUUCAUUUCUUGAUCUAUUCAAUAGUCUAUAAUGUCAUUUUUUUUUCUUCAAAAAUAGAAAUACAUACAUAAUCAAUGAUCAAGGAUGAAAGGAAAUCGAAUAACAACAGCAACAACAAUGCUUAAAGACAAGAUUGUUUUUUUUUUGGUGUCAGCUAUCCCAACAGCAAGACAAUGUCAAUUUUUUCAAUGAACUUGACGUGCCAACAUGUUGCAUGUGCAUAUGUUGUGUGUGUGUGUAUAUAUUCGAUCAUUAUUAUCAUUCAUUUUUUGUUUUCCUAUACAUUUCAUUUUUAUUUUGGGUUUCCUGUAUUCAUCCAUGUUAUAAAAAGCCUGUGAUCAAUAUGAAAAUAUUUUUAUAUCCACCAUUCAAAAGUUGAUAAUUCUUUUGAUCAAAUCGAACAUUGACAAACGUACAACAAUAACAAGAAAUUUCGAAUGUUCUGUUUGACCGCAUUUAUUUUGUCAGGUGUGGUGGGAUCUUCGAUUGUUGUUUCCAGAUUAAAUGAUAAUAAUUUUAAUGAAAUCAUCAAUAAUAAUAAUAAUAAUAAUGUUUUCGAUGAAACCGAUCCAUUAUAUUGGUAUGUACAAGCAUAUCGAAAUCUUAAACAACGACAAUAUUCGGUACCGAUACCGAAUCGAGCAGCUAAAAAUGUGAUAUUAUUUCUUGGUGAUGGUAUGGGCAUCAGUACUAUCACUGCAUCUCGUAUUCUUAAAGGCCAACAACAGCUUCGUAAAGGUGAAGAAGCAAUGCUUGAAAUGGACAAUUUUCCCUUCACAGCUUUAAUUAAGACCUAUAAUGUUGAUCAACAAAUACCGGAUUCGGCUGCCACAGCUACAGCAUUUUUAUCCGGUGUUAAAAAUAAUUUCAAUACAAUAGGUGUUUCGGCCAAAGUAAAACGUAAUGAUCCUGAUUGUGAUUCCGUUAAUCGAAAUUCGAUUGAUUCAAUAUUUACCUGGGCAUUGAAUGCUGGUAAAGUGGCUGGUGUGGUUACAACAACUCGUAUUACACAUGCAACACCGGCUGCUGCAUAUGCACAUAUACAGAAUAGAAAAUGGGAAUCCAACAUUGAUGAAUCGAUCAUAAAUGGAACCCUGAGUGAAACAGAAUGCAAAGAUAUUGCUUUGCAAUUGAUCGAAAAUGAUCCGGGUAAAAGAUUAAGUGUUAUACUUGGUGGUGGCCGUAAAGGUUUUUUGCCCGAAUUCAUUAAAGAUCCUCGAGGAAUUAAUGGUGAAGAAAAAGAAAAAUUUGGCGAACGAAAAGAUGGUCGAAAUUUGAUUGAAGAAUGGCUAGAAAAUCAACGUUAUUCAGGAUUGAAUGAAACUGAAUAUGGUUACGUCAACAGUACUCGUGGUUUACGAACAUUAAAUUAUUCCAAGAUUAAAUCUUUAUUUGGUUUAUUCAAUUAUUCUCAUAUGGAAUUCGAUCAAUUACGUGAUCGUAGUAUUGAUGGUGAACCUUCAUUGUCCGAAAUGACUGAAGCAGCUAUAAGAAUUUUAUCUAAACAUGAUAAAGGUUUUGUUUUGCUGGUCGAAGGCGGUCUUAUUGAUCAAGCACAUCAUCGUGGCUAUGCAUCAUUAUCAUUGUAUGAAGUUUUGGAAUUUGAUCGUGCCAUACGAAAGGCACGUAAAUUGUUACCAAAACAAGAUACAUUAUUUCUUGUUACGGCUGAUCAUUCACAGCCAUUAGUGAUUAAUGGUUAUUCUGUACGUGGUAAUCGAAUUAAUGGUUUAUCACGACGUAAAGAUGGCAAUCAAUUGCCUUUCACAACAUUAUCAUAUACAAGUGGUCCAGGAUUUCAAACGACUAUUCAACGUUCGAAUAUGACUAAUGUUACUCUAGAACAAGCUACACAUGAUCUCAAAUAUCGAUUUCAUUCGGCUAUGCCGACAAAAAAAUCAUAUCAUUCAGGUGAAGAUGUAGCAAUAUUUGGUAUCGGUCCGAUGUCGCAUCUUUUUGGUGGUACAUUAGAACAAUCAUUUAUUGCACAUGCAAUUGGAUUUGCUAGUUGUAUUGGACCAUAUGAAAAAGAGAUUCAUUGUCGACAAUUAUUAAGAUUAUCAUUAUCAUCAUCAUCUACAACAACAACACGAUUACCUAAUGCUGUAGCAUUCAUAAUGGAUACACCUGAAAUGCUAAUUAUUUUUUUCAUUAUUGCUGGCCUUGUAUUUUUCAUUACGAUAUUAAUAAUCGCUCGUAUCUUGUUUAAUGUGACACGAUAAUGACGAUCGCUUUUUUAUUUCAUCAAAUGUUUGGACCAUAUUCUUUUCUUUUAAUAUUUUAUUUUCAUUAAACUCGGAUUAAAGAACUGA